AGUGCAGCAGGACCCGCAUCACAUCGCAGCGCAGCCUGUUUUACUCUGAUACCUGCAGCCUGUGAUGUAUUUAUUUAUACACAUUAUUUUGUCUUCCCCUGACAGUGAGAGGGCGUAUCCGCUUUGAGAAGGAGGCUGAGCGAGUACAGCGUGAGUGCAAGGAGUGGGAGGGCUGGUUGGAAACACGGGAUGAAAACAGUGGAGAGCCACGCCGCCCACUAAACAAGCCGAAGCGCGUACCAACAAUUUCGCAACCACCUCUUCUUCUGCUGCUGCUGCUGCUGGUGGUGCCCUGCUUAAAUCUACAGAGGAGCGGUGGAGAGCAGACAUCCGCCGUCAUACAUCAGGCAGACAGAGGAACUAACAAAAGAAAAAAUAAACACAGGAGUCCGACGACACUGCGAUCCUUUUGGCUCUGAUUCAUUUGGGAUUUGGCCACCACGACUGAUCGGAAUAAGUUGGAAUCCGCUUCUGUCUGGAUGAAGGGCCAUGUUGCCCCCAAAGGGCCGUAAUAUCACUGUGAAGUCGUGAACGGAACCAGCUCUGCUUCCCCCCCCUGCGUUUCUUCUAGAGCCGAUUAAAUUGUGUUUUCCCUCUUGUGAAAAUACCUUUUUUCCUGGAAAUGGAGACUCUUUCCCAGGAUUCGAUGCUCGAGUGUCAGAUCUGCUUUAACUACUACAGCCCCCGACGGCGACCCAAACUCCUGGAUUGCCGACACACAUGCUGUUCGGUGUGUUUGACCCAAAUGCGCAGCAGCCAGAAGGAGAUCCGCUGCCCAUGGUGUCGUGGCGUCACCAAGCUCCCCCCGGGCCUGUCCGUGUCUCACCUCCCGGAUGACCCAGACAUCAUCACCGUCAUCGCCAUCCCUCACACCUCUGAGCACACGCCUGUCUUUAUUCGCCUCCCCAGCAAUGGCUGCUACAUGCUUCCCAUCGCUAAAGACCGGGCACUGGGCCUGCCAGGGGAGCUGGGAUGUCGCUUCUUGCCCGGCAGCCAGCAGAAGGGGGUGACAGUGGUGACUGUGCCCGAGGAGCAGCCACUGGGCCUGGCUAUGGGUCUAGACGGUGUAGGUUUGGAGGGAAGUGAGGGAGAGAGGAGGGUUACUGGUCCAGUGGGAGGAGCAGGAAAGGGCUCCACAUGGUCUGGAGUGUGCACAGUGAUCCUGGUGGCGUGUGUGCUGCUCUUCCUCCUGGGCAUCGUGCUGCACAACAUGUCCUGCAUCUCCAAACGCUUCACUGUUAUUUCCUGCGGCUGAGGGAGGCCGCUGCAGACCCCCCUCAGGAUUCCCUCCCACCAGCCCUGCCUCUCCUCAGGGUGGGACACUGUUAAGGAGAGGGAACUAAACUCACAUCGAGGGCAUUAAAGGAAACUACAGUGCAGUGUAGAGAGACAGUGAUGAUGAUAAAGAAGAAGAGGGCAGGAAGGAGAGCCACAAACUGGUCUAAUGUUGUGGGUUUUUUUCAAUCCUUGAAAUGGAAAUAUGCAUUUAAAUCUUCACUCUCCUCUCAUUGGACAGCACUCUGCUGGCGUUGAAACACCCACCUUUCUCCAUUCCUUCCAUUUUUCCUGAAAGAACGCUUUGGGAAUCCCUACAGAUACGUUUCUGGCCCGCCGAUUUGUUUUUGGCUGGAAGCUGUGCUGACACUCACACUCGCUGUGGUUGGAUUGCCCGUUUAGUCUGUGGUUUGUAGAAAUGCAUCAUCAUAGAGUUGUUUAGAUGAACGCCCGCUCCGAGUGCGAUGUCUCCAGCUGGUGCUGCAGUACAGGUAGUCCGGACUUGGCCGCUCACC